UUUGGUAAACGAUAACAAAAUACCUUUGUAACCAGUUUAGUGAAUAAAAAUAAAUAAUGGCGCAGUCUAUCAAUGAAUUUCGCGGCGAUUCGUCACAUCAAUUUGUAUACACGAAAGGAAACAAUUUAACAAUGUUUUAUAAACAAACAAUUGUUUGCAGCCUAUGUAGAUACAUUCUAUGAUCAAAUUCCAUGACAUCAUAAACAACUCUAAUGUGAACUUCCUGAGUCUCCUAUUACUUCGCGGGGGACAUCCAUGAAGUAAACACGUCUCGCGAUGCAUAGCUUUAAAUUACUGGCGAUAUUUUCGUUAAUAUUGACUGAGUGCAAUAGUUUGACACCUCAGUGCAGAAAUGAAAGGGGAGAACCAGUUGAUUGGUUUUAUGUGUACAAGCUGCCUCGGGAGAAGAAUCACUUGAACCCAUUGGUGCGAAGAGGAGUAGCAUAUAUGUACUUAACUCCAUCUAAGUUAAGAGGAGGAUGGAUUAUGUCAGAUUUAGCUAUAAGUGAUUCCCGGUCUAUGGUCGGGAAGACUUUAAUGCCUUUGUACCAAGAUAGAAAUAUAAUAUCAUUGGUGUACAAUGAUCAGCCUCCAGCCACAGAGCACCAGCCGGACAUUCUACAGUCUGUUGCAGAGAUGUAUUCUAAAAGUAAAAGAGGUCAAAUGAAUCAAGCUGGUGUUAAAAAGUUCAAGAAAUUCAAACUGGGUGAUAAAUACUAUGAUGAUUACGAUUUAGCUGAAAUGUGUAAAAUGCAUUCAAAGUUCAUGAAAUCACGCGUCGAGAGCGGACACACUAAGGGGGUGAUAUUAGGGGAUAAGUUUACAGCUCUCUGGUUGGUGCAUUCAGUACCUAGGUUCCCGCCAUUACCUGACAUUCAUGGUCUGAACGUUUCUUCAUAUAACUAUCCUACUACGGGUACGAAGUAUGGACAAUCAUUUCUAUGUGUUUCUGUUCAAACUUCAACACUAAAUCAGAUUGCGACCCAACUAAAAUACAAUGAACCCUUAAUCGUGUAUUAUCAUAUGCCACCGGACUUCGAUAGUGAACUUCCGAAUUUAGUCGAUGUGGUUCAUAAUAAGACGAUUGACGCAUCACCUUGGUACCAUAUAGAAAGUUUCGAGACUCUAGUGGGUCGUAAAUUCUUAUCGUUUGCGAAGAGUGCGAUGUUCAACGAUGACCUGUACAGCGGGCUGGUGGCGGAAGUCCUGCAAUCAGAUCUUCUUGUCGAGUCCUGGACCAACGGACCUGGGACUCUGGACUCCGAAUGCACAAGGAACUUUCAGGUACGUAACAUCGAAAGACUGAAGUUCCCGAUCGCGAAGAUGUCGUUCACGUCACACAACGACCACUCCAAAUGGGCGGUGGCUGUCGCUCACAAGAUGCACAACAGCCAGGACACCAAGGUCGCCGACUACUGGGUCUGCGUCGGCGACAUCAACAGAGCGUUGCCCCAGGAGUCGCGGGGCGGGGGCACGGUGUGCACGUCGGGGCCAAUCCUGUGGGGCAACUUCGCGCACCUCAUCGAGUCCGUGCAGACGUGGUACAUUUACAAGCCUCCUAGUGACAUUGCGCCAUACUUAGAGUUAGGACGUAACUUCACUUACAUUACUUCAAGAAACGCCGGCAGAUGGCAACCUUCUAGUAAAUAUAUAACUGCCAAUUCUAUGUUGCAACAUACGUUAUCACCUAUUUAUAGGCCGACGUAUACGGAUUACUUAGCGGUGGCGGUGUAUGAACCGCGCUCGACAUCUCAGGCCCGCGGGGUGCUGCUGGCUGACGAGGUCGGCGGUGUAUGGAUAGGGCAUACCGUGCCCGGCUUGAUAGAUAUGCGCGAUGAUCGUCCAACAUUCCCGGAUAGUGAGAGAGCAAAUGGACAUCUAUUAAUGUGUCUGUCUAUCGAUCUAUUAGCAAUCAAUGCGAUCGCUUCAGCACUACAAGUCGCUGCACCAACGUUCACUUAUGUCAAAGUACCAAACAGAAUGAGAGAAUUAUUGCCCACAUGGGAUUUUGAAAAUAAUACGAACUCAAAUGAAAAACACACGAAAAAAGUAAAUUUUUUGACAAACUCUGAAUUUUUGACCGUGGAAAUGUUAGCGGGACCUCCUGAUAAUGAAGGUUCAUUGUACGAGGAGUUCGCAGCUUCCAAGCAGUUAGUGUUGGACGUGUAUAGUCCCACGGACGGAGAAUACCUAUCUUCUGUGUGCGCAAAAAACUUUAGCGUACGUAACAUAGAGACAAUCUCACUAAAGAUGAGAGAAUCAGUUCAAUACGUGAGCUAUUUGAAUGACCGCACAAGGUUUGCGGUCAGCACCGCCGCUUCCUGGCAGAAGAUGAAGUCAUCACCUCCACAGUAUUGGACCUGCGUUAGUAAUCUGGAUAAAGAGGAUACAAUAGGAAAAGGCGGUCUUAUCACCUGUGUCGAUAAUUAUCCUAUUUGGUUGACGUUUGAUAAUUUUAAAGUUAAAGAACCAGAAUGUUAUUGAAAUUGUCAACUAGCAGAACCAGUUGGCACGCGUGGCAGAAGAGUUCUCUUGGUCCACACGUGCCAAGCUAAAUACAUUUCAACUAAUUAUAAUUUGAAAAUUACCAUUUGUUACCUGGAUGUUAUCCUCUACUGAAAAAAGGACAAAUAAAAUGUUAUAAAG